GGGCCGGGCCCGGUUCGGGCCUCCAACGGCCAAAUUUUUAAUUUUUUUUUUAUUUGAAUAGGCUCCUAGCCGUUGGGAAGGCUCCCAAACGGCUCUAAAGUAAAAAAAGUAGUUAAUUGUUAAAUUUGUCAUAUUAAUAUUAGUUAAACUACCUAAUUGUUACAUUUCUCAUAUUAAUAUUAGUUAAUUUGUACAUUGCUCAUUAAAGUAAAAAAAAAACUAGUUAAUCUUUACAUUUCUCAUAUUUAUAUUAGUCAAACUAGUUAAUAUUUAGUUAAUUGAUACAUUUCUCAUUAAAGUAAUAAUUAGAAGUAGUUCGAUUUUUAUACUCAUAUUUUAGUUCGAAUUUGCAAUAGUUUUCUUAGUCACAUUUUAUUAUUGCUAUUGUACUCAUAUAAAAUAUUUGAUAUCAUUUAAUAUUUGUUCAAUUUUAAAGAUGGAACGUGGUAGACAUUCUGUAGAUGUGGGUAAUCUCCAACGCAACCGCAAGAGGGAGAUUGCGUCGACUCGUCCUACUUCACGCAAAGGCAAAGGUAAAGCGCGGGCCGAGUCUUCUUUUCAAAGUCGAGAUGAUUUUGAAACGGAUUACCAACGGAGAGAUGAUAUGAUGAUGUCCGACGAGCAUCUACAAAACCUAUUGUCCCAAAAUGAUCCACGCUUUGCACAAGAACAACCCAUCCCGACAACCAUUGAUGAAGAGGAGCUCGAGGAUGACGAUGCGGAGGAGGACGCGGGGGGCGACGGGACUCACGGCACCCCGGAUGAUGAGCAAGACUUGGAGGACGAGGGCGGUUCAACCCAAACUGCUCUAUCCCUUCAUAGGGAGUCAAACGGAUGAAGCUUCAAGAAAGGCUUUACAACCAAUCCGGAAACAGACCGCCGAACUCCACCGUGGACCCAUGUUAUGCCGCUCAGCUACGCUCAAAGUGCCCCAUCUCUGGCGGAAACGAUAAUUAACCUCUUCUUCUUGGGCUAUGUCAACCCAACUAGAAAUUAAGUUUGACAACUUAUACUUCAAGCACUCGUUCUAGCCAACUAGAAAGGACUUCUCAACUCCGGCCAAGUUCUAGCCACCGAGAACAAUGGAGUGUCUUUGCAACUAGCUAGUUAAAGUGUAUUUGAAUUCAUCACACGAUGAAUUCAUUUAAUCUUUAUAAUUAAUCCUAUUUUUUAAUUAAUGACGCACUUUAUCAUACUCUAGUCUGCUAUUUCACUAUUCUUUUCGAAAAAAUGGUCUGCACUUUUAUUAGUUUAUUUUUUUUUUUUUUACUAUUUUCCAUAUACGAUGAUG